AUGAAUAAUAUUAAACAUGUGCAAGCUGGGAAUAAACGUGCUUGCCUUAAUCUUGGUGCUGUUUGUAAUAGUCAUACCGACUGUUGUGGUCAUGAUGAUCCUGAAAGUGGUCAUUGUGUUCUUUGCACUGGUAUUCUGCAGGGGCUUGUUGGUGUUGGCAGUCGUACAUGUGGUUGCAGUAAAUUUUCUGUUGCUGGCAGUCGUGACACCGGUACUCUGACUAACAUUUGCGAUGGUAAAGAUCGAUCCGGUAGUCGUGUUUGUCGUACACGUGUUGCUCCUCCUGAUCAUGUGUAUUAUCGUGGCGAUGAUUACUAUUAUGGUUGUGCGAAAAAAGCUUGGUAUGUUGUUGCAACAUACGCAAUGUCUAUUCUAACUUAUCAUGCUCCUUUUUUUUUAAUAGAAUGUGAGGCGAACUCAUCUAUCUGUUGA